AUGCCACGACCACCAUUAGCCUCGUCGUUCCAGCUCCUGGAGAUCAAUCUGAUUUCGGCGCAAGAUCUUUACCCGGCGUCCAAAUCCAUGCGGACGUUCGCCGUCGCGUGGGUGAACCCGAAGCGCAAGCUGACGACACGUGUCGAUCAGAACGGCCACACCAACCCGACGUGGAACGAGAAGUUCGUCUUCCGAGUCGACGACGAGUUCCUCAAGGACGACACGUCGAAGAUCAUGAUCGAGAUCUACGCCUCCGCGUGGCUCCGCGACGUGCUGAUCGGGACGGCUGCCGUGGUGGUGAACAAUCUUCAGAACAAGUCCAAGAUGCGUUUCAUGGCGAUCCAGCUGCGCCGCCCCUCCGGCCGCCCGCAGGGGAUUCUCAACAUCGGCCUCGGCCUCCUUGACAACACCAUGCGGAGCAUGCCGCUCUACAGCGAGCUCAGCUCCUCUGCCGUCGGGUAUUGGGAUUUGAUGGAAGGAAAGGGGGCAAAUCAAAAGAACCACGACCCCAACUACAAGGAUCAAGACAAAUUCAUAAUCUUCCAACGAUCCCAGAGCGAUCGAACUGGUAGCGAUUACGGGUUCUCGAAAAGCCGGCCCGCGAGCUCCGUCUGCGACGGGCUCUCCAAAAGCAAAGCCUCGAGCUCCAUUUGCAAUGCCGGUACAGGGGGCUUCUCAAAAACUACUAAACCUCAAGGUUCAUUUUGCAAUAGCUCGAUUGUGAACGGUUCUGAGCUUAGCUCUGCGCAGAAAGGGGGAAAGGGUGGGUCCAUUUGCUCUGACGUGGGGCCCUCGCCAUCCGUGGUGGCGGCCGCCAUAGCCAAGGGGAUAUAUCCACUUGGCCAUGGCGGAGGCAAUGUGGUGCGCCACGCGGCACAAGGUGAUGCACGGAACUCGUUGUUGGAUGAAUGGACGGACCAGGAUAGCGUGGAGGGGUUAAAGACAAAGAUCGAAAGGUGGCGGACAGAGCUGCCCCCAGUGUACGACUGCAAGAACAAUAACAAUAACAAUAACAAUACUAGUCAACAUCCGAAGUUGCUCCAGUCGUCUCACCAACUCACCAACCGACCGCCGAAGAGUCGCCGGAGCCGUAGCAGCGGCAGAAGUUUGUUUUCGUGCUUUGCAUUAGGUUGCGAGCUUUCAAUUUCUUGUGGUGGCGGAGGUAAGAAGCCUAAGAAGAAGAGUAGUGGCAAGGUUCAUCUCGGCACAUCUGACAUGACUUUCGAGGACUCCUCAUACUUACGGUAG